AUGAAUCAUCAUUUUGCGAAAAAAUGGAUACAAAAUUUGAAAAAUAAAGUAAUUCAUCAUGUAAAACCAAGUUUAGGACUUCAUCAUUUUAGAAAAUAAGAGUCGUUGAAAAUCAAACCAAAAAAUUAUAAAAUUGAAUUAAAGUAUGUGGAAAAUGAAAUUAAUUAAUAAAGAGUAAGUAAAUUAACUCUAUUGACUGAAAAUAAGUAUAGUCCAUCUCCUAUGAUGGCUCAUUCUUUCAUGUAGAGCUUGUAUAACAUUAGGUAUAGCAGAACUUUAAAAGUUAAUUAUUCUCGUGAAUUAAUCAAAUUAGAAGAUGGAGGGUAGUUUUCUUUAGACUGGGCUCUUCCUAUUAAUUCUAUAACAGAUGAGGAAUAUGAGCCUUCUCCUGAAACAAAAAUUUUAUUUGUCAUACAUGGUCUUACUGGUGGUUCAAAUAUGAAUUAUAUUAAAGCUAUGAUUUAACACGCUUAAUAAAAUGGCUAUAGGUGCGUAGCUUUUAAUUCAAGAGGUAUAAAUACAGAGUUAAGCACUCCCGUUCCUUUUAACGGUGAAUGUUUAAAAGAUUUAAACUUAGCCCUUAAUACAGUAAAAUAAAGAUACCCUAACGCUCCUAUUUUUGCAGUGGGAGCAAGUUAUGGGUCUAAUAUGCUUCUAAGAUGGGCUGGGAAUAUGAAAGAAAAUAAUUUCUUAACUGCAAUGGCUGGCCUUGCUACUCCAUAUAGUAUAGUAUAAUGUGUUGAUAAAAUGGGCUAUGUUUAUGAAGGCUUUUUUGUCGAUAGGUACAAAGCUAAUUGCAUAGAUCCACAUAAAGAUAUACUUAAGUAACUUAAAGAAUCACAUAAUAUAUGCUUAAAACGAUUAGCCAAAACUAAAAAAUUAAGAGAAUUUCAUGAAGAAAUAACUAUUAAAUUGUUUGGUUAUAAAUCAGUAGAGGAGUAUUUUAACUCAUCUAAUGUUUAACCUGAGUAAAUUAAAAAUAUUAGCCGCCCUUGCUUGUUGAUGCAUUCAAAGGAUGAUCCAAUUGUUACAUAUGAUUGUGUUCCAUCUGAUGUUUUAAUAUAAAAUCCUUAAAUAAUUUAAGCUGAAACUACUCAUGGUGCUCACGUAUGCUGGUACACUGGAAAAACUCCUUAAAGGUGGUAUCCCAAGCCAGUUCUAUAAUUCUUUGAGACAGUAUUAGAAGAGGAGUAAAUUAAAAAAUAAUAAUUAGUGUAAAAAAAUAAUUAAUAAUUAUGA